AGUUCCGCUUCUUGUUAUGAUGGUAGUUUAAACUCGUCUGAAGUAAAUUUGUUAGUUUUUAGGGAUUCGAACCAUUUUGCCUUCACGCCGAACCGAGAAGUGACGGUUAGCUGGAAUGCUAACGAGGAAAACAUCUUUUGGAAAUCGCCUGAAGUCAAGACAAACUGACUGUCUGGACGAAUUUGAAGGAAAUUUGGAGAAGCUGUUUAACAUUCAAUUCCAAAGAAAGGUGGGAAGAACAAGAGGAGGAUUGUACCAUGAAGGACCAUGGAAUGUGAUCAGCCAUCCUGCAGUUGUUUGAAGUAAAACCUCCUCCUGAUCGGCAGAUGACGAGUUCUGGGCUGGACCAGGAGGAGAAGCUGCUUUCUCCUUGGAGACAAACUGAAGCAGACGCAGAUGAGCUAACCUUCAGCCACAAUGAGGAAUUUGAACUGGCAAGGGAAGACUUUAAAAGGGAUUUUAAAAACUGUGACUCUGUGCCGCAGGAUUUUAAAAGUCUAAUAAAAGGAGAGGUGAGUGAUUUGGAGAGGCAUCCAGACAUGCUUCAGCUCAGCUGUUUUUUCUGUGCAGCGGAAUUUACAACAGGAGGUCUGCUGACCAUACACACAUCAGGUCACACAGGAGAGAAGCUGCUAACCUGCCUUAUCUGCAAGAAAACCUUCACCUCUGACUCAGAACUUGUUAACCACGAGUGCAGGUCUCUUAAACAUCCUCAAAGUCGACCAGAAGAGCCGAUUCCAGCUGAUAAACUCUGCUGCUCUCAGUGUGGUGAAGAGUUCUCCACAAGCAAAGACUUAAACCUUCACCUCGGACUACAUUUAGGAAGAAAACAGUUCAGCUGUUCCAUCUGCAACACCAGCUGUAUCGACCAAGAUGCGCUAAUUCUGCACAUGAGGCUCCACACCAGACAAACCCAGUUCACCUGCCAUGUCUGUGGGAAAGACUUUGCUUGGAGGAGGCACCUGACCAAACAUAUGGAGGUGCAUAGGAAAAGGAAGAAGGUCUUCAGAUGUAGAUUGUGUGGUGCUGAAUUUAAUACCUAUUAUAGGCUGUCUAAACAUAAGGCUGUUCAUCAGACAUCAGAGCUUCCUCAGGGUCAGAUGGAGACUAAUGGAGAGAAGGAGGCAGCUGAUGGAGACGAACCGGCAAAAUCAGAAUCUGAUUUGAUAAAAGAGACAAACAUGAAGGUUUCAGUAUCUUUUGAAACUGAAAAUGACUCUUUGACAGACUGUAGACAACUUCUGCUAGAUUCCACCUCUAGCAGACCUAAUUAUGAUCCUAAGACUGAUGAGAACACAUUUCUAAUUGGACAGAUACAGGAGGAGGUGAAGCAGGAGGAUUCCAAGCCUCCACAGAUAAAAGUAGAGGAGGAGGAGACAGAAAUCGUCAGGUUCUCCUUAAGUCCUGGAUCGAUGAAGACUGAAGAAGACGAGAAGAAGCUGCUACCCCGUCCCAAGAACGAGGAGCAGAAUAUCCCUUUGGAAGGAGAACUUUCCGACUCCGACACAGACGACAGCGAUUGUUGGAAGCCGAAAACAGGCUCAAACUCUGAAAGCGAUUCUGGCAAAAAUCCGUCCGGCUUCUCUGAAAACAAACCGUCAGAGUCUCUGGAACCCGAGAGCGACGACAGCGUCGACUUCUGGAAGGACUCCCAGAAGCCACGGUCGAACUCAAACCCGGUGAGACAAGAACCUUCGGAGAAGGGAGUGAAAUAUGUGACGGACUUAAAGCCGUACAGCUGCCCUCAGUGCAGCAAAGUGUUCCGCUACAACUCCUAUCUGAAGAUUCACAUGCAGCAGCACACAGACAGGUACGUCUGUUCUAUCUGUGGACACAGAUCCACCUCAAGUUCAAACCUGAAGGUUCACGUUAGAAUGCACAGUGGAGAGAAACCGUUCAGCUGCUCGGUUUGCAAUAAGAAAUACAGCAACAAGGCCAGCAUGCUGUCCCACAUGUCUGUCCACGAUGCAGAGAGGAAGUACAACUGCGAUAAGUGCAAGAAAAGCUUUGCGUGGUUCACGGAGCUCAAAUACCAUCAGUGUGUCGACGAGUCGCCAGGAGAACAAACGCAUGAGGAGGAUGCAAGCAUCAAUCUGAAACGACACACUUUAUACAUCUGAAAUGGUUCAUCUGUGGACGAAUUGUUGCUUUAUUUAAAGUAUUUAUAGAUUUCAAUUCUUUCAUUUAAGAUACAUUUGUUAAAGAACAGAACAGAAGGGAUAAUGAAAAAUGAAGAUAUUUAACAUUUUUAUGGCCUUUUUUUUUAUUCUUGUGAUAAGCAAGCUUUUGUUUGCAAAAUUGUUAAUCUUGGAAAAAAAUUACUUUGUUGCCCUCACAAAGAAGCCAAAAGUUUGCAUUAAAACUUGAUGACUUGA